AUGUCUAGUAGACGUAAAUUAUGUGUUUCCAAAAAUCCGCCUAGACAACCAAACGCACCAAAAGAAGUCAAAGAUCGUUACGAAGAAAUACAAUCAAAAGCUCAAAGUAUCCACAAUGAAUUAUUUCCGGGACAUAAAUUCAGACCAAGAAAAAGACAAACUUUUAAAAUGCACUCUUUCCCACACGAAAAUUUUGCUAAAGUUACAACUUUUAGUUCAACGAAUUAUUUGAAUAGGCAAUUGGAUAAUUAUUCAGAACCUCCAGCACUUUCUAAUUCUUCGGAUUCUCCCAAAAUUAAUUAUUCGCUGAAAUUUCUACUCCUACACUUUCUGAUCUCCUUGAAUAUUCUCCAUCACUUUCAAAUCAAUUUGAUUGAAGAAUUUAAUGAAUCGUUAGAAAAUUUUGACCCAUUUUUAGAUUUAUUCUUUACAAUGUUCGUACGAUUAUAA